AUGGCUGGAUUCCUCUCAACCCUUCGAAGAAGUUGCAAAACCCUCUUCGCAUCCUUCAACACCACUCUUUCCACCCUAAAGAGGUGGUUCCAUCGUGAAAUCACCCCGACACUUCAAGAUAUCGCUUCCACUAUCCAUGAUUUAUAUCACAACUACAUGCGCCCAUUCGUAUUACGCAGUCUUCGAUUCGUCUGCGACCAUCCUUUUGCCAUAGCCAUCGGAAUUUUGAGCAUCAUCGCUAUUAUCUAUCCUGGCGUCAUUAUUACACUACUUCUCUUCAUCUUGGGUUUUGGGGUUUUGGGUCCUGCUGCUGGUUCCAUAGCAGCGUUGAUACAGGCGCUUAUCGGGAAUGUCUCUGCGGGUAGCCUGUUUGCGAUGUUUCAGAGUGCUGGUAUGGCUGGUUUUGGAUUGAUGACACUUCAUGGCGUCGCUAUUUGUAUUCCGGUUUUGAUUCUGUUGGCGGUGUUGGUGUAUUUGGUUGUAGUAUGGCGGCUGGAAAUGGAAAGGGUGAGGGAAAAGGAGAAGACUGUAUGA